AUGAUUAUGUUGAGUAAGCGUUGUCUGAACGUUGUGUGUUUCCCCCCCCCCUAUAGAGAGGCUAUGAGAAACUACCUGAAGGAGAGGGGAGACCAGACCGUACUCAUACUACACGCUAAAGUCGCACAGAAGUCUUACGGCAAUGAGAAGAGGUGUGUAUGAGAGAAAGGAGGUUAUUCAUGGUGUCUCUGUCGUUGAUAGUGUGUAUUCAUGGUGUCUCUGUAGUUGAUAGUGUGUAUUCAUGUGGUCUCUGUAGCUGAUAGUGUGUAUUCAUAGGGUCUCUGUCGUUGAUAGUGUGUAUUCAUGGUGUCUCUGUAGCUUAUAGUGUGUAUUCAUGGUGUCUCUGUAGUUGAUAGUGUAUGUAUUUUCAUGGUGUCUCUGUCGUUGAUAGUGUGUAUUCAUGGUGUCUCUGUCGUUGAUAGUGUGUAUUCAUGGGGUCUCUGUAGUUGAUAGUGUGUAUUCAUGGUGUCUCUGUCGUUGAUAGUGUGUAUUCAUGGUCUCUGUCGUUGAUAGUGCGUAUUCAUGGGGUCUCUGUCGUUGAUAGUGUGUAUUCAUGGUGUCUCUGUAGUUGAUAGUGUGUAUUCAUGGGGUCUCUGUCGUUGAUAGUGUGUAUUCAUGGUGUCUCUGUCGUUGAUAGUGUGUAUUCAUGGUGUCUCUGUCGUUGAUAGUGUGUAUUCAUGGUGUCUCUGUCGUUGAUGGUGUGUAUUCAUGGUGUCUCUGUAGUUGAUGGUGUGUAUUCAUGGUGUCUCUGUAGUUGAUAGUGUGUUUUCAUGGUGUCUCUGUCGUUGAUAGUGUGUAUUCAUGGUGUCUCUGUAGUUGAUAGUGUGUAUUCAUGGUGUCUCUGUAGUUGAUAGUGUGUAUUCAUGGUGUCUCUGUCGUUGAUAGUGUGUAUUCAUGGUGUCUCUGUAGUUGAUAGUGUGUAUUCAUGGUGUCUCUGUAGUUGAUAGUGUGUAUUCAUGGUGUCUCUGUAGUUGAUAGUGUGUAUUCAUAGUGUCUCCUCCAGGUUGAUUCUACCUGCCCUUGGAUCUUUUGCCACCUGUGUGUGUGUGUUCAUGGUGUGAAUGUUGUCUCUUUUGGUUCACGUUGGUGUGUUUCUAUAUCAAAUCAAAUCAAAAUUUUAUUGGCCACAUGCGCCGAAUACAACAGGUGCAGACAUUACAGUGAAAUGCUUACUUACAGCCCUUAACCAACAGUGCAUUUAUUUUUAACAAAAAAGUAAAAAUAAAACAACAACAAAAAAAGUGUUGAGGAAAAAAAUAGCAGAAGUAAAAUAAAAUAACAGUAGGGAGGCUAUAUAUACAGGGGGGUACCGAUGCAGAGUCAAUGUGCGGGGGCACCGGCUAGUUGAGGUAGUUGAAGUAAUAUGUACAUGUGGGUAGAGUUAAAGUGACUAUGCAUAAAUAAUUAACAAGAGUAGCAGCAGCGUAAAAAGGAUGGGGUGGGGGGGCAGUGCAAAUAGUCCAGGUAGCCAUGAUUAGCUGUUCAGGAGUCUUAUGGCUUGAGGGUAGAAGCCUUUUGGACCUAGACUUGGCACUCCGGUACCGCUUGCCGUGCGGUAGCAGAGAGAACAGUCUAUGACUAGGGUGGCUGGAGUCUUUGACAAUUUUGAGGACAAUUUUGUCUUUGACAAUUAUAUAUAUGUGUGUGUGUAUAUGUAAGGGAUAAUCAACGAGGGGCUAUGUGUUCUCUGGAAGAUAAUGAACGACAUGGAAGGUGUGUGCCACGAUGCGCUAGCAGAACUGACCUUCCACGGCGUUGCAUUAUUUUCCAGAGAACACAUAGAGCCCCGAGUUGAUUAUAACCCUUUAUGCCAUGGCUAUAAUUGAACACAUCUGCCGCUAGAAAUGUGUUCAACAUCCACUGAAGGAGCUAGCAAGUUGACUAGAUAGCUACGGUAGUUGCCGUGGUAACCAAACAAACAGACCUGCUAGUUUAGCUAACCAAACCAUCAGCCCUAGCUUGACAUUAUGAAAAUCUAAUUCAACAAUACCAAAAAUGUUUUCAACUCAACUUUUUUGCUUUCAAAAGCAGCUCAAACAAAACAUGUAAAAAUGAACUAUAGCUAUUGAAUUCAAACGUGCAAUUAUACUGUGCGUUAUAGGGAAAUAAUGCACGCUCUAGAAUGCCCUUCAAGCCAAUCAGAAAUGAGUAUUCAACAAUGCUAUGGUAUAAAUGUGUAUGUAAAUGCACUUGCAAUGAGCUACUCUUAACCAGAUCUCUCUGUCCUGGAGGUGGUUCUGACCCGUCCCUGAUGGGCUGUACUAACCAGAUCUCUCUGUCCUGGAGGUGGUUCUGACCCGUCCCUGAUGGGCUGUACUAACCAGAUCUCUCUGUCCUGGAGGUGGUUCUGACCCGUCCCUGAUGGGCUGUACUAACCAGAUCUCUCUGUCCUGGAGGUGGUUCUGACCCGUCCCUGAUGGGCUGUACUAACCAGAUCUCUCUGUCCUGGAGGUGGUUCUGACCCGUCCCUGAUGGGCUGUACUAACCAGAUCUCUCUGUCCUGGAGGUGGUUCUGACCCGUCCCUGAUGGGCUGUACUAACCAGAUCUCUCUGUCCUGGAGGUGGUUCUGACCCGUCCCUGAUGGGCUGUACUAACCAGAUCUCUCUGUCCUGGAGGUGGUCCUGACCCGUCCCUGAUGGGCUGUACUAACCAGAUCUCUCUGUCCUGGAGGUGGUUCCGACCCGUCCCUGAUGGGCUGUACUAACCAGAUCUCUCUGUCCUGGAGGUGGUUCUGACCCGUCCCUGAUGGGCUGUACUAACCAGAUCUCUCUGUCCUGGAGGUGGUUCUGACCCGUCCCUGAUGGGCUGUACUAACCAGAUCUCUCUGUCCUGGAGGUGGUUCCGACCCGUCCCUGAUGGGCUGUACUAACCAGAUCUCUCUGUCCUGGAGGUGGUUCUGACCCGUCCCUGAUGGGCUGUACUAACCAGAUCUCUCUGUCCUGGAGGUGGUUCUGACCCGUCCCUGAUGGGCUGUACUAACCAGAUCUCUCUGUCCUGGAGGUGGUUCUGACCCGUCCCUGAUGGGCUGUACUAACCAUAUCGCUCUGUCCUGGAGGUGGUUCUGACCCGUCCCUGAUGGGCUGUACUAACCAGAUCUCUCUGUCCUGGAGGUUGUUCUGACCCGUCCCUGAUGGGCUGUACUAACCAGAUCUCUCUGUCCUGGAGGUUGUUCUGACCCGUCCCUGAUGGGCUGUACUAACCAGAUCUCUCUGUCUGUUCUGACCCGUCCCUGAUGGGCUGUACUAACCAGAUCUCUCUGUCCUGGAGGUUUUUCUGCCCCCCUCCCUGUGUCUACCUGAUGGGCUGUGGCUGGAAGAAGAAGACGGAGGAGAUGGAGAGAGAGGGCUGUUCGGAGCAAGAGGCCCAGCCCUGUGCCUUUAUAGGGAUAGGAAACAGUGAACAGGAGAUGCAGCAGCUCAACAUAGAGGGGAAGGUAGGGGACAGCGCACACACCCUGACUGAAACACUGUGGAUCUCCCCCUUUUUCUCUCACCAGAACGAGAGACAGACAGAGACAGGGGUCACACACAGAGACAGAUCACAGAGAGAGAGAGAGAGAUCACACAGAGAGAGAGAGAGAUCACACAGAGAGAGAGCGAGAGAUCACAGAGAGAGAGAGAGAGAGCACACAGAGAGAGAGAGAGAGAGAGAGAGACAGACAGAUCACACAGAGAGAGAGAGAGAGACAGAUCACACAGAGAGAGAGAGAGAGAGAGAGAGAGACAGACAGAUCACACAGAGAGAGAGAGAGACAGAUCACACAGAGAGAGAGAGAGAGAGAGAGACAGACAGAUCACACAGAGAGAGAGAGAGAAAGAGAGAGAGAGACAGAUCACACAGAGAGAGAGAGAGACAGAUCACACAGAGAGAGAGCGAGACAGAUCACACAGAGAGAGAGCGAGAGAUCACACAGAGAGAGAGCGAGAGAUCACACAGAGAGAGAGCGAGAGAUCACACAGAGAGGAGAGCGAGAGAUCACAGAGUGAUAGAGGGAGGGGGAGAGAGAGAGAGACAUACAGAGGUGGAAAUACACAGUGAAACACACACCCCUCAGCCUUUCCCCACAGCACUUUUGCAUGACUGGAAAUCCUAUGCAUACACACUCAAAUUCUCCCCUCUCUCUCCCUCUCUCUCUCCCCCCCAGGACUUCUGCACAGCUAAGACUCUAUACAUCAGUGACAGUGACAAGCGUAAACACUUCAUGCUGUCAGUCAAGAUGUUCUAUGGUAACAGUACAGACAUAGGAGUCUUCCUUAGUAAGAGGAUCAAGGUUAUCUCUAAACCCUCCAAGAAGAAACAGUCCCUCAAGAAUGCUGACCGUGAGUAUGGAGAGGAACACACACACACACACACACACACACUUCCACAGCGAUGGCUAAUACAGAAGAGGACUGGCCCACCCUUCAGAGCCUGGUUCCUCUCUAGGUUUCUGCCUUUCUAGGAAGUUUUUUUUCCUAGCCACCGUGCUUCUACAUCUGCAUUGCUUUCUGUUUGGGGUUUUAGACUGGGUUUCUGUAUAGCACUUUGCGACAUCUGCUGAUUUAAAAAAAGGGCUUUAUAAAUACAUUUGAUUGAAUUUGAGUGAUAUUAGAGUAUCUGGUAUUUUAAAAUGCAUUAAAAUAUUCAACUACUUUUCUUUUCAAAUAUAAUAUAGUAUUUGGACCCAGGUCUGUCCCAUACACACACACAGAGACAGACGCACAGAUCCACACACACACAGAGACAGACGCACAGAUCCACACACACACACACACACACACACAGGAUGCUCUCACCACAUUAAGAGCAGAUUUACAGUUACAUAGAACUAACUUGAGUAUGCAAAACACACACACAAGCUUUGAUGCACAACGGUACGGUUUUCCUGAGUGGUUUCAGCAGCAAGCUCUUGUUCUACUAGCUGUGUCUUAACUGGGCUGUUUUUAUUUGACUGAUCCAGUUCAAAGUGUGGUCUCUUGAUGAAUGUGUAUCUAACCUUCUCUCUCUCUCUGUCUCUGUCUCUCUCUCUCUCUGUGUCUCUCUCUGUGUCUCUCUCUGUGUCUCUCUCUGUCUCUCUCUCUGUCUCUCUCUCUCUGUGUCUCUCUCUGUGUCUCUCUCUGUGUCUCUCUCUCUCUGUCUCUCUCUCUCUCUGUGUCUCUCUCUGUCUCUCUCUCUGUCUCUCUCUCUCUGUGUGUCUCUGUCUCUCUCUCUCUCUCUCUCUGUGUGUCUCUGUCUCUCUCUCUGUGUGUCUCUGUCUCUCUCUCUGUGUGUCUGUCUCUCUCUCUGUCUCUGUCUCUCUCUCUGUGUCUCUGUCUCUCUCUCUCUGUCUCUGUCUCUCUCUCUCUCUCUCUCUGUCUCUCUCUCUCUCUGUCUCUCUCUCUCUCUCUCUCUCUCUCUCUCUCUCUCUCUCUCUCUCUCUCUCUCUCUCUCUCUCUCUCUCUCUUCUCUCUCUCUGUCUCUCUCUCUGUCUCUGUCUCUGUCUCUGUCUCUCUCUCUCUAGUUUGUAUAGCAUCAGGGACCAAGGUUGCGUUGUUUAACCGGUUGCGUUCUCAGACAGUCAGUACACGAUAUCUACACGUAGAGGGAGGGAACUUCCAUGCCAGUUCACAACAGUGGGGAGCCUUCUACAUACACCUCUGUAAGUUACCCCUCCUCUCCUCCGUCACCUCUGUAAGUUACCCCUCCUCUCCUCCGUCACCUCUGUAAGUUACCCCUCCUCUCCUCCGUCACCUCUGUAAGUUACCCUCCUCUCCUCCGUCACCUCUGUAAGUUACCCCUCCUCUCCUCCGUCACCUCUGUAAGUUACCCCUCCUCUCCUCCGUCACCUCUGUAAGUUAACCCUCCUCUCCUCCGUCACCUCUGUAAGUUACCCCUCCUCUCCUCCGUCACCUCUGUAAGUUAACCCUCCUCUCCUCCGUCACCUCUGUAAGUUAACCCUCCUCUCCUCCGUCACCUCUGUAAGUUACCCCUCCUCUCCUCCGUCACCUCUGUAAGUUACCCCUCCUCUCCUCCGUCACCUCUGUAAGUUACCCCUCCUCUCCUCCGACACCUCUGUAAGUUAACCCUCCUCUCCUCCGUCACCUCUGUAAGUUACCCCUCCUCUCCUCCGUCACCUCUGUAAGUUACCCCUCCUCUCCUCCGUCACCUCUGUAAGUUAACCCUCCUCUCCUCCUUCACCUCUGUAAGUUAACCCUCCUCUCCUCCGUCACCUCUGUAAGUUAACCCUCCUCUCCUCCGUCACCUCUGUAAGUUAACCCUCCUCUCCUCCGUCACCUCUGUCAGUUAACCCUCCUCUCCUCCGUCACCUCUGUCAGUUAACCCUCCUCUCCUCCAUUCUUUCCUCUCUCCAUCAUCUGUCUUCUGUGAUUUCUCUUCUCUUACAUUCACCACAGUUCCUCUCUUCUCUUCUCUUAGAGUUGAUUUCUAAAGUACAGAAUCAUAACUGAUUCUAGACUGAAGCAUCACAUGGUAACUGUAUGAGUUAUUAAAUGUAUAACCUACAGUAAUAACUGAUGGAACUCUCUGAAGCAUCACAUGGUAACUGUAUGAGUUAUUAAAUGUAUAACCUACAGUAAUAACUGAUGGAACUCUCUGAAGCAUCACAUGGUAACGGUGUGAGUUAUUAAAUGUAGAACCUACAGUAAUAACUGAUGGAACUCUCUGAAGCAUCACAUGGUAACUGUAUGAGUUAUUAAAUGUAUAACCUACAGUAAUAACUGAUGGAACUCUCUGAAGCAUCACAUGGUAACGGUAUGAGUUAUUAAAUGUAGAACCUACAGUAAUAACUGAUGGAACUCUCUGAAGCAUCACAUGGUAACUGUAUGAGUUAUUAAAUGUAUAACCUACAGUAAUAACUGAUGGAACUCUCUGAAGCAUCACAUGGUAACGGUAUGAGUUAUUAAAUGUAUAACCUACAGUAAUAACUGAUGGAACUCUCUGAAGCAUCACAUGGUAACUGUAUUAGUUCUUAAUGUAUAACCUACAUAAUAACUGAUGGAACUCUCUGAAGCAUCACAUGGUAACUGUAUGAGUUAUUAAAUGUAUAACCUACAGUAAUAACUGAUGGAACUCUCUGAAGCAUCACAUGGUAACGGUAUGAGUUAUUAAAUGUAUAACCUACAGUAAUAACUGAUGGAACUCUCUGAAGCAUCACAUGGUAACUGUAUGAGUUAUUAAAUGUAUAACCUACAGUAAUAACUGAUGGAACUCUCUGAAGCAUCACAUGGUAACUGUAUGAGUUAUUAAAUGUAUAACCUACAGUAAUAACUUCUCUCCUGUAGUGGAGGAGGAGGAGCCAGAAGGGGAGGAGUUUGCAGUGAGGGAUGGAUACAUCCACUAUGGUCAGACUGUCAAACUGGUCUGUUCUGUCACUGGCAUGGCACUGCCUAGACUGGUACGUACCAACGUGUGUGUGCCUAACCUCUCUCUACCUGUUCCUACAUAUUCACCUCUCUCUACCUGUUCCUACAUAUUCACCUCUCUCUACCUGGUCCUACAUAUUCACCUCUCUCUACCUGUUCCUACAUAUUCACCUCUCUCUACCUGUUCCUACAUAUUCACCUCUCUCUACCUGUUCCAACAUAUUCACAUCUCUCUCUACCUGUUCCUACAUAUUCACCUCUCUCUACCUGUUCCAACAUAUUCACCUCUCUCUCUACCUGUUCCUACAUAUUCACCUCUCUCUCUACCUGUUCCUACAUAUUCACCUCUCUCUACCUGUUCCUACAUAUUCACCUCUCUCUACCUGUUCCUACAUAUUCACCUCUCUCUACCUGUUCCUACAUAUUCACCUCUCUCUCUACCUGUUCCUACAUAUUCACCUCUCUCUACCGUUUCCUACAUAUUCACCCUCUCUACCUGUUCCUACAUAUUCACCUCUCUCUACCUGUUCCUACAUAUUCACCUCUCUCUACCUGUUCCCUACAUAUUCCCUCUCCUCUCUACCUGUUUCCUACAUAUUCACCUCUCUCUCUACCUGUUCCUACAUAUUCACCUCUCUCUCUACCUGUUCCUACAUAUUCACCUCUCUCUACCUGUUCCUACAUAUUCACCUCUCUCUACCUGGUCCUACAUAUUCACCUCUCUCUACCUGUUCCUACAUAUUCACCUCUCUCUACCUGUUCCUACAUAUUCACCUCUCUCUCUACCUGUUCCUACAUAUUCACCUCUCUCUACCUGUUCCAACAUAUUCACCUCUCUCUCUACCUGUUCCUACAUAUUCACCUCUCUCUACCUGUUCCUACAUAUUCACCUCUCUCUACCUGGUCCUACAUAUUCACCUCUCUCUACCUGUUCCUACAUAUUCACCUCUCUCUACCUGUUCCUACAUAUUCACCUCUCUCUACCUGUUCCUACAUAUUCACCUCUCUCUACCUGCUCCUACAUAUUCACCUCUCUCUACCUGGUCCUACAUAUUCACCUCUCUCUCUACCUGUUCCUACAUAUUCACCUCUCUCUACCUGUUCCUACAUAUUCACCUCUCUACCUGUUCCUACAUAUUCACCUCUCUCUCUACCUGCUCCUACAUAUUCACCUCUCUCUACCUGUUCCUACAUAUUCACCUCUCUCUCUACCUGGUCCUACAUAUUCACCUCUCUCUACCUGGUCCUACAUAUUCACCUCUCUCUCUACCUGUUCCUACAUAUUCACCUCUCUCUCUACCUGUUCCUACAUAUUCACCUCUCUCUACCUGUUCCUACAUAUUCACCUCUCUCUACCUGUUCUUAUAUAUUCACCUCUCUCUACCUACAGGUCUCUCUCUCUCCUGUACCUGCAUAUUCUCAGGUGAUUUGUAUGUUAGAUAAGCAGGUUGUGUGUGUCUCUCUCUCUCCUCUCUCAGUAGCACCUCUCUCUCCCCUCUCUCCAGGUGAUCCGUAAGGUGGACAAGCAGACAGCGUUGAUGGAUGCAGACGACCCGGUGUCCCAGCUCCACAAGUGUGCCUUCUACCUGAAAGACACAGAGAGGAUGUACCUCUGUCUCUCACAGGAGAGAAUCAUUCAGUUCCAGGUACACUCACACUCACUCACACACACACACACACACACACACACACACACACACACACACACACACACACACACACACACACACACACACACACACACACACACACACUCCUAGCCCCUUGUAGAUCUGAGCCAGGUUUGUGCUUUCUGGUAAUAGCUUUUCCCAGCCCUCUGUUCUGCAACUAAAAUGAGAGUUUCUUAUUGGACCACUAGUUCAACUAGUCCCUCCCUGUUUAAUGAGAGUUUCUUAUUGGACCACUAGUUCAACUAGUCCCUCCCUGUUUAAUGAGAGUUUCAUAUUGGACCACUAGUUCAACUAGUCCCUCCCUGUUUCUGUCCGUUUUCUUCGGGUUGGUUUCUAGUGAAUUCCACCCUGCUCAGGUAGAAUCGUUAUUUGCAUCUCAUUUGCAUACACCCACACCCUGCCCCAAAAAGACCAGUAAGGAGAUGAUAAAUGACACAUUUGCAUGUCUCCUCCCCCAGGCCACACUCUCGCCCAAAGAGGGAUGUGUUCAGUAAGUUCUGGAACGUUCAAUUGAACGGAAGAGGUGCUGUAUUGAGCGACCAGUUUGGUUGUGGGGUUGGGGAACGCUGUCAGCGUUGUCACCGCCCUUUUUAAAUACGACCACUCAUUGCUUCAAGCAACACCUCGCCCACACCCACCGAACGGGAACAAAGUCUGUUCAAGAAGGUUUUGGGGGAAACGUGUCGUUCAGUACAAACUGUUCCGCAACGUAGCAAACGGUCACGCGAACUCAACGCACCUCAUUUAAGGAUAGGAUCAACUACUAAUUAGCAUAUCUCCUCCCCAAGGCCACGCCCUGCCCCAAAGAGAGCAGUAAGGAGAUGAUAAACGAUGGAGCUUCCUGGACCAUCAUCAGUACAGACAAGGCAGAGUACACCUUCUACCAGGGGAUGGGUCCUGUUCCCUGUCCUGUUACACCUGUUCCUGUGGUGGAGAGUCUACAGGUACACACCUAAACACACACACACCUAAACACACACACACACACACCUAACACACACACACCUAAACAACACACCUAAACACACACACACACCUAAACACACACACACACACACACCUAAACACACACACACACACACACACAACCUAAACACACACACACCUAAACACACAUACCUAAACACACACACACCUAAACACACACCUAAACACACACCUAAACACACACACACACCUAAACACACACACACCUACACACCUAAACACACACACACACACACCUAAACACACACACACACCUAAACCACACACACACACACACACACACUAAUCUUAUCUUCCCCUACACACACACACACACACUAACCUUAUCUUAUAAUAAUAUAAUAAUAUGCCAUUUAGCAGACGCUUUUAUCCAAAGCUACUUACAGUCGUGCGUGCAUAAAUUUUUUUGUGUAUGGGUGGUCCCGGGGAUCGAACCCACUACUUUGGCGUUACAAGCGCCGUGCUCUACCAGCUGAGCUACAGAGGAUCUUCCCUUACACACACACACACACACACACACACACACACACACACUAAUAUUAUCUUCCCCUACACACACACACACACUAAUCUUAUCUUCCCCUACACACACACACACACACACUAACCUUAACUUCCCCUACACACACACACACACUAACCUUAACUUCCCCUACACACACACACACACACACACUAACCUUAACUUCCCCUACACACACACACACACACUAACCUUAUCUUCCCCUACACACACACACACACACACACACACACACACUAACCUUAUCUUCCCCUACACACACACACUAACCUUAUCUUCCCCUACACACACACACACACUAACCUUAUCUUCCCCUACACACACACACACUAACCUUAUCUUCCCCUACACACACACACACUAACCUUAUCUUCCCCUACACACACACACAAACACGCAUACAAACACACACUAACCGUCUGUUGUCUCUGCAGUUGAAUGGUGGAGGUGAUGUGGCCAUGCUGGAGUUGACAGGACAGAACUUCGCCCCAGAUCUCAGAGUCUGGUUUGGAGAUGUAGAGGCUGACACUAUGUACAGGUAGGCUGUGUGUGUGUGUGUGUGUGUGUGUGUGUGUGUGUGUGUGUGUGUGUGUGUGUGUGUGUGUGUGUGUGUGUGAGAGAUACGCUGCCACGGUAACUGUAUAAUCGUGUAAUUGACGAUUAUGGAUGAAGACCAUCAUGAAAAUAAAAAUAACCGUUUUUAAUAAGUACUUUUUUUAUUUUUGUAUGAACAAAAUGUUUAAGUGGACAGACUUUACCCAAAAGCAGUCAAGGAGAAGUGAAGGACAAACCACAGCCACAACUGAUAUCAGGAGAGACCCAGAGGAGGCUAAACUAGCCCGUUUUAGAAGGUUGUUGUGGAACAAACAGACUGACUGAAAAUGGCUGACGUGCUGUUGAGUCUGUUUCCGUGGCAACGUGGACUCUACAACGUGGUGAAUCUGUCUUUUGUCUGACCCCCCCCCCUCUCUGUCCCAGGUGUGGCGAGAGCGUGCUCUGCGUGGUGCCUGACAUAUCUGCCUUCAGAGAGGGGUGGCGCUGGGUCCGUCAGCCCGUCCAGGUCCCCGUCACGUUGGUCCGCAACGACGGAGUCAUCUACUCCACGGCCCUGACCUUCACCUAUACCCCAGAACCAGGCCCUCGCCCUCACUGCAGCGCUGCCGGCGCCAUCCUCCAGACCCACAGUCACAGUGUCUCCUCCUCCUCUUCCUCACCUUCCUCUUCCUCAGGGAGUCUGGGGACGGGAGGGUUAGGGGAAGGACAGGCUGGGUAUGGGAUUGGCCAAGGGGCAGGGUCAACCAAUAGCGUGGGGUCGUUGUCCGGUUCAUCAGUGAUGUCAGUUUCGUCAUAG